AGAAUCGUACAGUUUCAGUUUGAGAUGAAACAGGCGUUUGCAAAGUAAUGAUUAUGAUUGAUAAGCGUGGCAGGAAAUAUGAGUUGGUGCCACCAGAAGGGGGUUGGGGUUACAUGGUCGCACUUGGAAUUAGUUUAUAUCUAAGCGUAACUAUCGUACCAAUAUGUGUAUUUGGAAUAGUUUUUGGAACAUUUCUAUCUAAAAUCGGCGAUGAAACUUACGGAAUCACUUUGGUUAACGGAAUUUUCAAUACAGUCUUAUCAUUCACAGGUCUUUUAGCUAAUCAUCUACUGCAGAAGUACUCAUGUCGAUCGGUCGGCUUAUUAGGAGCAGUUCUCUUCUUCGUCGGAGCAUUCUCCACAGUUUUCAUACAGAACCUGAAUCAGCUCAUUUUAACGUUCGGCGUAUUCCAAGGCCUCGGUUUUGGACUGCUGCUGCCGUCCGGCUUCACCUCGUUCAACGGAUACUUCGAUAAACGCCAAAACGUGAUGAUGGGUGUAAACCAGGCCCUGGUAGUCGCAAUUUCAAUAGCAUGGCCCGGGAUCACGCAGAAAUUAAUGGAUGCUUACGGGUGGCGAGGAACCCAAUUAAUAUUCGCAGGUCUCAGUCUGCACGCCGUUCUGGCGAUGCUCGCUUUGCAACCGGUCAAGAGGCACAUGAAGAAGCAAUACAUCACCAGCAUCGAGGCGCAAGUUCAUUAUUUUGUAGAAGAAGGAGAGAAUGGCGAGCCGAAGAUUACUGAUGGAGAAAAACCGCUGUUAGGGAAUGUUAAAGCAUCAAUUGUUGCCAACGAACUCGAAAGAAGGAAAGCUUCGGUGAUUUCAAUCGGCAGUUUAGGUAUUUCGGUGUCUCAAGUAGACACAUCGAGAAUUGAAGGAAAACCUAAAGGACUCUGGACUACAAUUUACGACGCCCUUGAUUUGUCUUUAUUCAAGGACCCGGUCUACGUGAACAUAGCUUUUGGUUUAGCUCUAAGUCUGACGGCGGAUAUAGCUUUUCUUUCGAUUUUCCCCAUGAUUCUAAAGAAUGCCAAUUACAGUCCUGCAGAUAUAACCAUUAUACUCACUGUUUACUUCAGUUCGGAUUUAGCUUGCAGAGUUGGACUUUCCGUCUUGAGUGCAAUUAUUAGCGUUAAAAACCGUUACGUCGUCCUUGCUGGUGCUUUACUUUCAGCAUUUUUCCGAACUGUUUUAAUUAUGAACGAUGAUAACUUUUACAUCGUGCUGAUCACGUGUGGAGCUUUAGGAUUUUUGAGAUGCAUGGUCCAAACUCCUAUACCUUUAGUUGUAGCCGAGCAAUACGGGCCUAGGUUCCCAACUGCUUUCACACUUUACAUGGUCGUUGGAGGAGUAGUAGCCUGCAUCUUCGGACCUUUGAUAGGAUUCGUUAAAGAAGUAACUCAGAGCGAUAAGAUGGCUGUGCAUCUGCUGACUGGUGCUUACCUAUUAUGCGGAAUACCGUGGACCAUCGAAUUGCUUCUAAAACGAUUAUCGAAGAAAAAUAUAGUAAAUAAUUAAUCGAAUAAAUCACAUAUUAACUUCAUUAUAAAUAAAACUCACUUUCACAAUUACUUCAUCUGUGAUAUGUAAAUCAAA